AUGGAAACAAAACAAUUUCCCCAUUUUUAUGGUUAUUAUAAUUAUUUGGCUUCGCUUAUACAACAACAAACAUGGGAAGCUGCACAAAAAUAUGGAGUGUUAAUAAGUUGUAAUGAUUCUCAUGCUGAUUUAAAAUUCCUUCAGAUUCCAUCGCCAGAAAAACGUUAUUAUGACAGAAGUGUAACAAAAUGGCCAGUAUUUGGGGAUUUGGUAUUGAUGCAUUUAAAUGUUUUGAAUAAUUUAAAUGAAAAAAAUUGGCAUUCGGCAUUUAUUCACCAAACAAAUAUGUUAAAAAUAUUUAAUCAAGAAAUUUUACAAAAAGAGAAAGAUGCUAAUUGGUUUUGCCCGAUACUUUAUAUUCUUUGUAGUGAUCUUAGAUUAGUGGCUAAAAUUGCAGAUAAACAAGGAUGUACUUUAUGGAGUAGGAGUGAUACACAAACCUCAACAUUUUAUGAAGAAGCAGCUUCACCAAUAAUGGAAAGUUACAGAAUUUGUGUUGCUGAAAGUCGUUUGGCUGCCGAAACAACAAAAAAGAUUGCAAUACUUAAUUUAACAAAUCAAUUAUUUCGAAUUUAUUUUGGGAUUAAUCGUCUACAUUUAUUAAAACCUUUAAUUCGAAGUAUUGACCACGAUUUGGCAAAAGCUGAGGACUCUUUAACUUUUUCUUUUGAAAAUUGUCCGGCAAAUUAUGUUAGAAAUAAACGUUUAAUUCUCAUGUAUUUAAUUCCUGUUAAAAUGUUUUUGGGGCAUAUGCCGACACAACAAUUACUUUUAAAUUAUAAUUUACAACAAUUUUCUGAUGUUGUUACAAGUGUUAAAGAUGGAAAUCUUCGAGAAUUAAAUGCAGCAUUACAUAAACAUCAACAUUUCUUUAUUAAAUGUGGAAUAUUUUUAAUGCUUGAAAAACUUAAAGGAACAACUUACAGAAAUUUAUUUAAAAAAAUUGCUCUUAUUUUAAACACUCAUUUAAUUAAAUUGGAGGCAUUUCUUGCUAUACUUCAUUUUCUUGGGACAGAUAUUGAUGCUGAUGAAUUAGCUUGUAUUUUGGCUAAUUUAAUUGCCCAAAAAAAAAUAAAGGGAUAUAUUUCACAUCAAAAACAAACUUUGGUUAUUGCCAAACAGAAGGCAUUUCCUCCACUUUCGGCAAAAUAA